AGUCAGGUCACAUGUGAAGCACAUGAGGCAUUAAUGUCAUUCUACCUACCAAUAUAUAUAUAUACAGUGUGUGUUCUGUAAAUUUCAUUAAUGUCAUUCUACCCACAAUCUCCCACCACCUCCAUAACCGACUUCCUCUUCCGCAACCUCCACACCCACUCCAACUCCCCAGCGUUAAUCGACCCAUACACCCACAAAACAAUCACCUUCUUCCAACUCAAACAACACAUCACCCAACUAGCCCAUGUUCUACACCACUCCUUCAACAUCUCUAAAUACGACGUCGUUCUCAUCUUCUCCCCUAAUUCAAUUCUCUUUCCUGUCGCCUUUCUCGCUGUCACUUCCAUUGGUGCCAUCGUCACCACCGCUAAUCCCUUGUACACUGUUACUGAACUCUCACAUCAGAUUAGUGACUCUAAACCCAAAUUGAUUAUUACCGUUGACCAGUUGAAGCCUAAAGUCAACGGUUUCAAUCUCCCUGUGUUGGAUCUAAACACGAUUUCAGAUCUUAUCGAGAAAGCUGACAAAACGACGUCGUUAGCAAAGUAUCCAGUUGGCAAAUCAUCUCACAAAACGACGUCGUCAGAACAACAAUCUGAAUCUGUGUCUCAAAACGACGUCGUUAACAGAAUCUCAUAUCCAGUUUUCAACUCAUCUCACAAAACGACGUUGUUAGCACAACAAUCUGAAUCUGAAUCUGUGUCUCGAAACGACGUCGUCAGCUCAAUCUCAAAUGCAGAACACAAAACGACGUCGUUCGCACCAACCGUCUCCCAAAACGACGUCGCGGCGAUCCUAUACUCAUCCGGAACAACCGGAUUAAGCAAAGGAGUGGUUCUAACUCACCGGAGCAUAAUCGCAACGUCGUUAAUGGUGACGUCAGAUCAGGAAGAGUACGGAGAAGGAAGAAGUGUGUUUCUGAUCGUCGUGCCGUUGUUUCACGUGAUGGGACUGAUAACGUUCAUCUUUCUCUCUGCUCUCUCUCUCUAUAUAUAUAUAUACAGGAGAAGAAAAAGAACGUAUGUGUGAAGCAACCAAGUUCGUUGUGAAAGCGGGUUUGAUCGAGAAGACGUCCUGAUCAAAGUUGGAAAAUGGGUGAUUCGUGAGAAGAAUUCAACGUGUUGUGGAAGACUGAUUGUGUGAGGCAAUUAAAACGAGGCGAGAAGUUGAUUGUGUGAGAUGAUCUAGGACCGGUGUGAGACCGAAUAUAACCUGUGAAGGGUGUGACUUGAGUGAUUCAAGUUGUGUAACGAUUGUGUGUUUCAAGGAUCCGUGAUACGAAUCAGUGCAAUGAAGAUCAUGAUUGUAAUUAUUAUCAUGAUGAUGGUUAAAAUUAAUGAGCUUAAGAAGAAGCAAGAAAUGGUGUUGCCAAAAAGGCAUGAAAAACAAAGAAUGAUUCUUGUUGGCAGGUGCGAGAAUUAAAAUAUCUUGAACGGUUCGUUGGAUCAAAGACAGGUAUUACUUGGAAUCAAUGGUCUUGGAGGGACCAAAUCAAGAUUAAGUAGAGAUUAAUCUUGAAUUAACUGUUUUUUAUUUAAUGUACAUAACUUUAGGGAUUAUGUGUAUUUGAGUUAUUAUUUAUUUAGGUGUGGUCCUUUAGGGAUUAUGUGUAUUUGAGUUAUAAAUUAAUUUAGGUGUGGUCUAGUUAGGAUAGGUUUGAUAACUUGGCGAUCAAGUUAUGUUUAGUAUAAAUAGGGUUUAGUUACUUUGUAAAUUUGUGGUGGUUUGAUUUUAAUAAA